AUGAACACUGGUUACGCGAUCAACCCGGCGAGAGAUCUCGGGCCAAGGCUUUUCCUUUGGACUGUCGGAUAUGGAGAGGAUUUGUUCAAAAGCUUGAAUCAUUGGUAUUGGCUGAUUCCCGUGUUGGGGCCACUCAUUGGGGCAAUGCUAGGUGGAUGGCUUUACAAGGGCUUUCAACUUUUGAGUGUCGAAGAUGAAAGACCGAAAGUUGAGUCGAAAAUCGAUGAAAACACUAAAAAAAUAGAAACAGAAGAGAAAUAUUGGGCU